AUGGCUAGUCCAAUUCUAGCUGGAAAGUUAGAAGCUGAGAUAAAGAUUAAGUCUGAUCCUGAUGAGUUCUUCCACAGCUUUGGUGACAAACCACAUCAUAUAUCCGAUAUGAGCCCUUCACUUGUUCAAGGUGUUGAAUUGCAUGAUGGUGAUUGGGGAAGUGUAGGAGCCAUGCAAGUGUGGAAGUAUACCCACGGUAAAAAUUUGGAUUUAAUUUCGUCAUUAUUUCCAUUGAUGAGGAAAAGUAGUUGGCAUAGUUUUAAGGUAAUUGAAGGAGAUGUGAUGGAGUUAUAUAGUAAGACCUUCAUCGCAACUGUUCAUGUGGUGGUGCGACCUGGAGCUCGGUAUCCACGCAAGGAAGUUAAAAAAUUUAAAACAAUCCCAGGUAAAGCCCAUGAGAGUGAAGGAUUUGGACUUUUUGGGAAGAUCUCUGAAGAAAUGAGUCUAACUGGUAAACAGGUUUUCCAAAUCGAAAUUAAGUCCAGUGGAGAUGUGUUUCAUGAGCUCUUCAAAAACAAACCACAUGAAAUGUCCUCCAUAAGCCCUGAUAUCGUUCAUGGUUGUGAGCUGCAUCAUGGUGAUUGGGGAACAGUAGGAUCUAUCAUCUUCUGGACAUAUACUCACGAUGGACAAAAGAAGGUGGCGAAGGAGAUAAUUGAGUCUAUAGAUAAGGAAAAGAAGUCAGUCACAUUUAAGGUGAUUAAAGGAGACCUGUUGAAGUUGUACAAGAGCUUCACCUUUAUUGUUCAGGUUGAAAAUCAUGGCCAAAACAACUUGGUUACAUGGACCCUCCAGUACGAGAAAUUGAAUCAGAGCGUCCCUGAUCCAACAACUAUAGUAGACCUUGCCACCAAACUCACAAAGGAUAUUGAGACUCACCAUCUCAAAUGA